UGUGCCAUUCUCUCCCUUAAGCGCCAUUUAAUUCAAUUCCAUUUUGUAAACAUUCUACAGGCCUACAUGUGGACGAGAUCAAAUGGACCGUUUACACCAGGAAAUCGUUCUCUUGACAGACCCCGCAACAACAACAAAAAUAACUCUUAAAUCGCGGUCUUGUGCACCUGGAUGGCUCUGACUUUCUGACAGAUGUUGCUCUGUUCAUUUGUCAGUCAAUUGGAGUGCAUUUACGUCUCAAUCUGAACAUCACACUGGUAGCGACACCAUGUCCAGCCGAGGAGGAAAAAAGAAGAUGACCAAGAUGUCCAGGUCGACGAAGGCCGGAGUCAUCUUCCCUGUGGGGCGAAUGCUGCGCUACAUCAAGAAGGGUCUGCCCAAGUACAGGGUCGGUGUGGGUGCCCCAGUCUACAUGGCCGCCGUUCUGGAGUACCUCACUGCUGAAAUCCUGGAGCUGGCGGGCAAUGCAGCCAGGGACAAUAAGAAAGGACGUGUCACACCACGACACAUCCUUCUAGCCAUCGCCAACGACGAGGAGCUCAACCAGCUGCUGAAAGGUGUGACCAUCGCAGCCGGCGGAGUCUUACCUAACAUCCACCCUGAGCUGCUAGCUAAGAAGAGGGGGUCAAAGGGCAAGCUGGAGGCUGUCAUCACGCCUCCUCCCGCCAUCAAGAAAUCCAAGAUGUCCGCCACUAAGAAAUCGUCCAAAAAGGCAGCUGCAGGGAAAAGGGCCAAAGCUAAGCAGAAACAGGGAGAGGUGAGCAAAGCUGCCUCGGCGGACAGCACCACGGAAGGAACGCCUACGGACGGAUUCACUGUCCUCUCCACCAAGAGUCUUUUCCUGGGUCAGAAGCUAAACCUGGUUCACAGUGAGGUCAGUAACUUGGCUGGCUUUGACGUGGAGGGGGUCAUCAACCCCACCAAUGCAGACAUUGACCUUAAAGAUGAUCUAGGUGGUGCUCUGGAGAAGAAGGGAGGGGAGGAGUUUGUGGAUGCCAUGUUGGAGUUACGGAAGAAGAACGGUCCCCUGGAGGUGGCUGGAGCAGUGCUGUCCUCUGGCUAUGGGCUUCCUGCCAAGUUUGUGAUCCACUGCAACAGUCCAGGCUGGGGUUCGGACAAGUGUGAGGAGCUGCUGGAUAAGACCGUAAAGAACUGCCUGGCCCUGGCUGACGAGAAGAAGCUCAAGUCUGUGGCCUUCCCUUCGAUUGGCAGUGGAAGGAAUGGCUUCCCGAAGCAGACGGCGGCCCAGCUCAUUUUAAAAGCCAUCUCCAGCUACUUUGUUGCCACCAUGUCUUCUUCCAUCAAGACAGUCUACUUCGUGCUGUUUGACAGCGAGAGCAUAGGGAUCUAUGUGCAGGAAAUGGCCAAGCUUGACACAAACUAAGCCCUCACCUCCUUGCAUUACUACAGGCUUAUUUAGAAUUUUAUUUGGAGAGAAAAAUUAAAGAUGUUUACUGGUGAUUUUGUAAAAAAAAGAAGAAGAAAAAACACACAAUAAAACUAAACUUUAUUGAGAGGAAGUGAUUUCCGUUAUGUUUUAUUUGUUGAGUGGAAUCGUUGGAGUUCUGAUGGUGUCCCUGGUGGCGUCAGACCUGGGUCCCGCUCAGAAGGGCGACACGUUCUGAAUGUUGUCUUCUUCUCUAUGACAUGAUUCCCUAAUUGUACAUGACACAGUCUGUUCUGUUGUGUUUCCACUGAGCAAGGACCUGGUCGAAUGUUUUUCCGUAAUGUUACACCCCGCUGAGCAAGGCGCUGGUCCAUCAGGACUAAGUCCUUAAGUUCCUUGUGGUAAUUAUUUCUUAAGUUGUGUGUUGCUAAAACUGAAAGGGUUGCAUUCCUAGUGUUGCAGUACUGUGGUCUUUGUGAGAUUUGUCUAAAUUUGUCUUUAAAAAAAUGUUGGGAACAAAACCUUUUUAUGUUCAUGCUGUAUUAACAGUGGUAUGUCCUAGAUGGAGUGAGUGAAAUGUUUUAGUAAAAUAUUAGACGGUGACAAAGUUUUCCUAGGUUUUCCUAUUUUUUUUUUUUACGGUUUGCUUUUAUUCUGAUUUUCACUUUGCCAACUCUAAAAGAAACGUAUUUGAAAAGAAAAGUGAUUUGUGUUUUUAUUCGGUUAUAAAGCUAUUGACAGUGUGUAGCUUUUUGUUUUGAGGAGUUGAAAGAAGUACAGGCUUUUGCUUAUAGGCAUUUAGUCCCCUCUCUGCUCACAGGCAAUUAGUCCCCUCUCUGCUCACAGGCAAUUAGUCCCCUCUCUGCUCACAGGCAAUUAGUCCCCUCUCUGCUCACAGGCAAUUAGUCCCCUCUCUGCUUACAGGCAAUUAGUCCCCUCUCUGCUUACAGGCAAUUAGUCCCCUCUCUGCUUACAGGCAAUUAGUCCCCUCUCUGUUUACAGGCAAUUAGUCCCCUCUCUGCUUACAGGCAAUUAGUCCCCUCUCUGCUUACAGGCAAUUAGUCCCCCCUCUGCUUACAGGCAAUUAGUCCCCUCUCUGCUUACAGGCAAUUAGUCCCCUCUCUGCUUACAGGCAAUUAGUCCCCUCUCUGCCUACAGGCAAUUAGUCCCCUCUCUGCUUACAGGCAAUCAGUCCCCUCUCUGCUUACAGGCAAUCAGUCCCCUCUCUGCUUACAGGCAAUUAGUCCCCUCUCUGCUUACAGGCAAUUAGUCCCCUCUCUGCUUACAGGCAAUUAGUCCCCUCUCUGCUUACAGGCAAUUAGUCCCCCCUCUGCUUACAGGCAAUUAGUCCCCUCUCUGCUUACAGGCAAUUAGUCCCAUCUCUGCUUACAGGCAAUUAGUCCCCUCUCUGCUUACAGGCAAUUAGUCCCCUCUCUGCUUACAGGCAAUUAGUCCCCUCUCUGCCUACAGGCAAUUAGUCCCCUCUGCUUACAGGCAAUUAGUCCCCUCUGCUUACAGGCAAUUAGUCUCCUCUCUGCUUACAGGCAAUUAGUCUCCUCUCUGCUUACAGGCAAUUAGUCUCCUCUCUGCUUACAGGCAAUUAGUCUCCUCUCUGCUUACAGGCAAUUAGUCUCCUCUCUGCUUACAGGCAAUUAGUCUCCUCUCUGCUUACAGGCAAUUAGUCUCCUCUCUGCUUACAGGCAAUUAGUCUCCUCUCUGCUUACAGGCAAUUAGUCUCCUCUCUGCUUACAGGCAAUUAGUCUCCUCUCUGCUUACAGGCAAUUAGUCUCCUCUCUGCUUACAGGCAAUUAGUCCUCUCUCACCAGUAGAUGGCUCCCUAUCGUCAGGAGUGAGGUCUUUCACUGAGCCAUUUUGUGCUGGAAAGACCUCUUUUCGUUAAGAUGUCUAAAAUGAAGUAUCUGACACAAUGGGUGGAUCAGAAUGGACGUUGCACUAACUAUUUGCUGUAAGCACUGUGUUUUGGAGUUUUCCAUAUCUUUCUAAUGACUGGAAGAUGAUAAGCCUUCUUAGUAUUGCUAAACAUGACAAUACAGAACUAUCCAAUAAAGUAUAUUGAAAACA